AUGGUCGCCAGGGCGGUGAAGCACAGGCGCCGGAGUGCCACCAACGUGCUCCUGUCGCGGGAGCAGGCCGACGAGCUCUGGUUCCUGCUGAAGCAGCACGCGUCGCCACCGAAGCUGGACCAGGAAAUGCUGAACUACGACGCGUUCUUCUCGGCUGGGGAGAAGUGCGGGGACUUGUGGGGCCCGUCGAUGCACCGGUUGUUCCGGCCGUCGGUGUUUGCGCGCCUCCCCAAGGACCAGCACGGGAGGAUAUCCGCGCUGCCCUUCUUCGAGUACUGCCUGCACCGGUCAAUGCUCGCGCAGGCGCAGGCGGGCCUCGAGGCGGCCGACUCCGACGGCGACGGCUUCGUCACUCGCGAGGAGCUCAUGGGGUGGCUCGACAGCCAGGUGCCGGACCUGCUCCCCCUCGCGGCGCUGUGCGGGCAGGAGGGCAAGUCGGGCGGUCGGGCAUCCCUGGUCAAGUUCCGGACGACGUGGGCGCGGAUGGCGGUCCACAAGUUCUUUUUCUUCCACGGCCGCCUCGGAAAGGCGCCGAUCAAGCGUCUGCUGACAUCGCACGCCAUGUCGGAAUUCUUCCAGCUCAGAGAGGCGCCCGCCGGCGGUCCGAGCGGGCGCUUGCUCGAGAACUGGUUUAGCUUGGAGAAGUCCCGCUGGCUGCACGGCAUGUUCAGCGACCUCGACAAGGACAAGGACGGGUUCCUGACGCCGGAGGAGCUCGUGCAGCUGCCCGUGUGUCGCCUGACGCCGCUGUUCGUCCAGCGCGUGUUCGAGGUGCACAGCGGCCGGCACAUGAAGGUGGCGCGCCAGUACGAGUCCGCAGCGCCCCAGGCAGCGCGGCCCGGGGUGUCGCUCGAGGACUUCAUGGACCUCAUCAUCGCGUGGGAGUCGCGCUUCCACCACCUGGGCCUGACGUACUUCUUCCAGUGCAUGGACCUCAAGGACCGGGGCUUCCUGACACAGGUUGAGGUGUGCCACCUCUUCAAGGCGGUCAAGACGAUGGUGAUGGAGUCGUGGCAGGACUCGGGCGAGUACCGCGAGGAGGACGUCAAGGACGAGAUAUUUGACAUGGUGCGGCCGAAGGAUCCUUUGCACAUCACCCUCGACGACCUUGCGCGGUGUGGAGCUGGCCCGCUGGUGGUCGGGAUGCUGUGCGACGUGCACACCUUCGUGUCGUACGACUGCAGAGAGAACUUCAGCUGA